AGAAUUAUUUUUAAAGCCAGCUUUCCACUCUCCAUUCCUCGAUUUAUCAUAUUUUCGACGGCCGGCUGGAAUUCUGCUCCACCACCACGCUCUUUGCUUAAACAGCCAGCAGCCUCCCUCUCCUGACUUUCUGACAGUGAGAUUUCCAUUUGUUGCUUGUUGGAAUUUCGCUUAUCAAGUCUCCGUCUCUACCCAUUCCAGUUUUUUGUUUGUCAGCUUUCAGAUGAGUAACUUUUUCACUCGUCAUAUUUUUAAUAAUCAGUACCUACUACCUACCUACUCAUAUACAUAUAUUUUUCAACCGCCACUUAUCAAUCUCGUUUCAUUUUCAUCCAUUACAUUUUUUCGUGAUUAUUGAUGUGGUAUUGGUUAGAAUGAAGUUUCAUCAGUUUUGUAUUGUUUCAUUAUUUUAUAUUUGUCUGUUGUUUUUCGGUUUUGUGGGGCAGGUCCCAGGAGUAUGCGGUGCUCCUAAUAUCACAUUGAAAGCAGAAUUCGGUGAAGGACAGCGUUGUCAGUCAUCCAACGUGACGAAAGGAAACUGUAUUUUUGUCACCUUAUUCAAAAAAUUCUCAAUGAAAUGUCUCCCCGAUGGAUUUUCUUUGAACAGUAGUCUCUCGUUAGCCUGGCACUCUUCAAGAGAUAAUUACACUCAGUAUUCACUUGUACAAUCAGGAGACAAAGGCCGCCGAGAAGUGUCUGAUGGGUAUAUAAAAUGGACCUCGAUUACAGGAGACGAUGUUGCAUUUUACAUGUGCAAACUUAUGCAUAAGAAAACGGUCUCUGAUAAAGAAGAAGUUGUAGUGAUAGCCAAAGAAAUCUUCGAAGUGCGAGCAUUACCUGUGGCGGUGCCUGUAUUGAAAGAUUUAACUGUUGUUGACGGUGACACCAUCAACUUAAUGUGUGCAAUUGCCGGUAAAGCUAGCCGUGUUGUUUGGAAAUUCAUUGAUGAUAAUAAAAACGAAAAGACCUUGACGAAUGGCACCGAUAAUCGAGUAGAAUUGAGACCUUUCAGAGGAGUACCAGAUGCUACAGUAUCGAUCCCCAAUGCCAAUUCGACUCGCCAUCGCGGGAUGUACAAUUGUACAGCCAUUAGCGAAUUCGGAAAUAGUUCUGUGGAUGGAUCAUCUUAUGUUAGAAUUAAGAGCAAAUAUGCUUCUUUGGUUCCAUUCUUGGGAAUCUGCGCCGAAGUGAUCAUCUUAAGCAUUUUUAUGUACAUCCAUGAAAAGAAUAAACGAGAUAAAACCAAAUUAAAAGAAAGCGAUAGUGAGCAUGAACCAGAAACAUACCGAAAAGUUAGUCCGGGUCAUAGCCGUGGCAGCGUCUGCAGAUAUCGAAGAAAUGAUUUAAACACGAAUUGAGUUUCCAAUAUUGUCCCUGUACCUACAUGGAUGAGAUUCUUAAAACCGAAAUCAAGGCUCCUGUCCCAUGCAUUAUUCUAGUGUGUCUUCGAUUACAUAAUUAUUUUUAAAAAUUUUCAUUCUUAUUUAUGUUUCUCUUUAUUAAUUUAUCAUUCUACGAGUAAUACAUUAUAAACCCUCAGA